GCCCGCGCCCCCGGCCCGCCCGCCUGGCACCGCGCCCCGGGGCUGGGGCCGAGCGAGGAGCCCGUGAGGCGGCGAGAGGGCGAGCGCCAGGCAGGCCGGCCCGGGGCCCCCGCCCCCCGCGCCCCCGCCCGAUGGGGAACGCUCCGUCCCAAGAUCCGGAGCGGAGCAGCCCCCCCAUGCUGUCUGCGGACGAUGCCGAGUACCCGCGGGAGUACCGGACCCUGGGGGGAGGGGGCGGCGGGGGCGGCGGGGGCCGGCGCUUCUCCAACGUGGGGCUGGUGCACACGUCGGAGCGGCGGCACACGGUGAUCGCCGCCCAGAGCCUGGAGGCUCUCAGCGGGCUCCAGAAGGCGGACGCCGAUCGCAAGCGUGAUGCCUUCAUGGACCACCUGAAGAGCAAGUACCCCCAGCACGCCCUGGCCCUCCGAGGCCAGCAGGACAGGAUGCGAGAGCAGGUUGGCGGCUGGACCGUGGACCCUGUGUGCCUCCUCAGCUCCCUCUGCUCCCACCUCCAUGGCGAUUCCGCCCCCUCCGGGGCUGGCCAGCCUGCCCAGCAGCCAAACUACUGGAGUUUCAAGACCCGCAGCUCGCGUCACACUCAGGGAGCUCAGCCGGGGCUGGCAGACCAGGCAGCCAAGCUGUCCUACGCCUCAGCUGAGUCGCUGGAGACCAUGUCGGAGGCUGAGCUGCCCCUGGGCUUUAGCAGGAUGAACCGCUUCCGACAGAGCCUGCCCCUCUCUCGCUCAGCCAGUCAGACCAAACUGCGAUCUCCAGGGGUGCUGUUCCUGCAGUUUGGGGAGGAGACGCGGCGCGUGCACAUCACGCACGAGGUCAGCAGCCUGGACACGCUGCAUGCACUCAUCGCGCACAUGUUCCCGCAGAAGCUCACCAUGGGCAUGCUCAAGUCGCCAAACACCGCCAUCCUCAUCAAAGACGAGGCGCGCAACGUCUUCUACGAGCUGGAGGACGUUCGGGAUAUCCAGGACCGAAGUAUUAUCAAGAUCUAUAGGAAGGAACCACUGUAUGCUGCUUUCCCUGGCUCACACCUCACCAACGGGGACCUUCGGAGAGAGAUGGUGUAUGCUUCGCGGGAGUCAUCGCCCACUCGGCGACUCAAUAACCUGUCGCCGGCACCGCACCUGGCAUCUGGUUCGCCGCCUCCCGGGCUACCAUCUGGGCUGCCGUCGGGGCUGCCGUCGGGUUCGCCAUCGCGCUCGCGUCUCUCCUACGCUGGGGGGCGCCCGCCCUCCUACGCUGGCAGCCCCGUGCACCACGCGGCAGAGAGACUGGGAGGUGCCCCUGCCACCCAGGGCGUUAGCCCCAGUCCAAGCGCCAUCCUGGAGCGUCGCGACGUCAAACCGGACGAGGACCUGGCGGGCAAAGCGGGUGGUAUGGUGCUGGUGAAGGGCGAGGGCCUCUACGCCGAUCCCUAUGGGCUGCUGCACGAGGGCCGCCUGAGCCUGGCCGCGGCCGCCGGCGACCCGUUCGCCUACCCCGGCGCAGGCGGCUUGUACAAACGCGGCUCGGUGCGCUCGUUGAGCACCUAUUCGGCCGCUGCGCUGCAGUCGGACCUGGAGGAUUCGCUGUACAAGGCGGCCGGCGGCGGCGGCCCGAUCUACGGCGACAGCUAUGGUUUCCGCUUGCCGCCCUCCUCACCACAGAAACUGGCCGACGUGGCAGCGCCCCCCGGAGGGCCCCCGCCGCCUCACAGCCCCUACUCAGGGCCACCUAGCCGGGGCUCGCCUGUGCGUCAGUCUUUCCGAAAAGAUUCUGGCUCUUCCUCUGUCUUCGCUGAGAGUCCCGGAGGCAAGACCCGCAGCACCGCGGGCUCCUCGACAGCCGGAGCCCCUCCUUCCGAGCUCUUCCCUGGGCCUGGGGAACGCUCGCUCGUCGGAUUCGGGCCACCAGUACCAGCCAAGGACACGGAGACCAGGGAGCGAAUGGAGGCCAUGGAGAAGCAGAUUGCCAGCCUCACAGGCCUGGUGCAGAGCGCCCUACUUCGAGGCUCAGAGCCUGAGACACCCAGUGAGAAGAUUGAAGGCUCCAAUGGAGCAGCCACCCCAUCAGCACCAUGCGGGUCAGGCAGCAGAAGCAGUGGGGCAACCCCUGUGUCUGGCCCUCCCCCUCCCUCAGCCAGCAGCACCCCUGCAGGGCAGCCCACAGCUAUCAGCCGGCUGCAGAUGCAGCUGCACUUGCGUGGCCUGCAGAACAGCACCAGUGACCUGCGUGGCCAACUUCAGCAGCUGCGAAAGCUCCAGCUCCAGAACCAGGAGUCGGUGCGCGCGCUGCUAAAGCGCACAGAGGCGGAGCUGAGCAUGCGCGUGUCUGAGGCGGCGCGGCGGCAGGAGGACCCGCUGCAGCGGCAGCGCACCCUGGUGGAGGAGGAGAGGCUGCGCUACCUCAACGACGAAGAGCUCAUCACCCAGCAGCUCAAUGACUUGGAGAAGUCGGUGGAGAAGAUCCAGAGGGAUGUGUCCCACAAUCACCGGCUGGUACCCGGCCCUGAGCUGGAGGAGAAGGCGCUUGUGCUGAAGCAGCUUGGGGAGACACUCACAGAGCUGAAGGCUCACUUCCCCGGCCUGCAGAGCAAGAUGCGGGUGGUGCUGCGCGUGGAGGUGGAGGCAGUGAAGUUCUUGAAGGAGGAGCCACAGCGCCUGGAUGGGCUCCUCAAGCGCUGCCGUGGGGUCACAGACACGCUGGCCCAGAUCCGCAGGCAAGUGGAUGAGGGUGUGUGGCCACCCCCCAACAACCUCCUCAGUCAGUCCCCCAAGAAGGUGACAGCUGAGACUGACUUCAACAAGGGGCUGGACUUUGAGAUGCCACCCCCCAGUCCUCCACUGAACCUCCAUGAGCUGAGCGGGCCGGCCGAGGGAGCCCCUCUCACCCCCAAGGGCAGCAACCCCACCAAAGGCCUGGAUACUUCUGGCAAAAGAAGUGUGGACAAGGCUGUGUCUGUUGAGGCUGCAGAGCGGGACUGGGAAGAGAAGCGGGCAGCCCUGACCCAGUACAGCGCCAAGGACAUCAAUCGGCUGCUGGAGGAGACGCAGGCAGAGCUACUCAAGGCCAUCCCGGACCUGGACUGUGCCAGCAAGGCCCACCCGGGCCCAGCCCCCACCCCGGACCACAAGCCCCCCAAGGCACCCCAUGGCCAGAAGACAGCCCCACGAACAGAGCCCAGCGGGAGGAGGGGCUCAGAUGAGCUGACAGUGCCCCGAUACCGUACGGAGAAGCCCUCCAAGUCACCCCCGCCACCCCCUCCCCGCCGGAGCUUCCCUUCCUCCCAUGGCCUGACCACCACACGCACUGGAGAGGUGGUGGUCACCAGCAAGAAAGAUUCAGCCUUCAUCAAGAAGGCCGAGUCUGAGGAGCUGGAGGUGCAGAAGCCCCAAGUGAAGCUGCGGCGGGCUGUGUCUGAGGUGGCCCGCCCUGCCUCCACGCCACCCAUCAUGGCCUCUGCCAUCAAGGAUGAGGACGAUGAGGACCGCAUCAUCGCUGAGCUGGAGAGUGGUGGUGGCAGCGUGCCUCCCAUGAAGGUGGUGACUCCAGGAGCCUCUCGGCUGAAGGCGACCCAGGGCCAAGCAAGCAGCCCUGACAAAGGAAAGCACGGCAAGCAGAGGGCUGAGUACAUGAGGAUCCAGGCCCAGCAGCAGGCCACUAAACCAUCUAAAGAGAUGAGCGGGUCGAAUGAGACCUCAAGCCCAGUCUCAGAAAAGCCCUCGGCUUCCAGAACCUCCAUCCCUGUAUUGACUUCCUUUGGGGCAAGGAAUUCUUCCAUCUCCUUCUAG